AUGUGCGGCAUCCUCUUCAGCAUCCAGGACAGGAAUGUCGAACCCACAGAGAACUUUGCACCUACUUGGUCCACCCUCCAGGAGCUGAAUUCCAGGCGAGGACCUAGUGCGCAGGAUUCUCACAAUGUCGCCCUGAGUCAGCCGAGAAACGAUAGCCUGGACCCUACAUGGAGCAGCAACAUUGAUAUGACUUUCUAUGGUGCCGUUCUUCAUCUGCGCGGAGAUCAAGUCACUCGUCAGCCCCAUGUGUCCUCUACAGGAAAUGUUCUCAUCUGGAACGGCGAGAUCUUUGACGGCAUUGCUGUGGAUCACCACGAAAACGACGGCAGGGUGCUCAUGGAUCAAUUGGAGGCGAUUUCUGCUAGGUGCCGUGACGGACCACAUGAUCAUAGACAUGAUUUCUUGAACCUCAUGGCCAAGAUUGAAGGACCUUACGCGUUCGUCUACUUUCAUGCGCAUUCUCAAUCAGUGUACUUCGGUCGCGACUGUCUGGGUCGACGCUCGCUUCUGUGGCACAAGUCUGAUCAGGUAGAGUCGAGAAUCGAAUUACCCUUCAUUCUCACAUCGACUGGAUACAGCGCCUUCCGCAGCGAGCUAUUGCGAUUGGAAGAGGUUCCUGCGGAUGGAAUCUACAGCCUGUCGCUUGUCUCUAAUAGCCCAAAGGUCAUCACUAAGCAUCCAUGGGUUCCGGCUCAGACAUCUAGCGCCAAUGAACCAGGCACAAUGACAUUGCCAUUCGGGAGAGUGAACAGCGCCAUUCCUCAGGAUUCGGAACUUUCAGCGCCAUUUGCAGACGGCGUCAAGUUUGACCAGGCGCACCCUAAUGUGGUGCCUCCAAUCACAGAGGACAUGAAGGAGGCGAUCACUGGAAUGAUUGAAGUCCUGGGCGACUCUGUCAGAAGAAGAGUACAGGACAUCCCCAGAACUGGGCUGGUACAUGAUGCUCGUGUGGGCAUUUUGUUCUCGGGUGGUUUGGACUGCCUCUGUCUGGCAGCAUUGGCAGACAAAUUUCUCCCCGAAGGCGAGGCGAUUGAUCUACUGAAUGUCGGAUUCGAAAACCCUCGUUCUGUCAAGGCCAAGGCUGCAGAGGAAGCUCUAGCGCAAAAGCGUCUCAAGAAGAAGCAAGGUGCUGUAGAAUCCUCAGGACCAGUCGGCGGCGAAAGGGCCAAUAAUGAGUACGCAAAACCAGCAAAGCCCGACACACGAUUCAAUGUACCUGAUCGGACGACAGGAUAUGAGAGUCUUGCUGAACUGAGAAAGAUAUCCCCCCGGAGACACUGGAACUUUGUCGAGGUGAAUGUCCCAUUUGAGGAGGCCAUGGCGCAGCGAUCCGAGAUCUUAGAGCGGAUAGCCCCUCUUGAAACCGUCAUGGACCUGAGUAUUGCUAUGGCAUUCUGGUUCGCUUCGCGUGGGAUCGGAUAUAUCAAGAAUGACCAGGGUGAGCUGGAAGCUUACACGAGCCAAGCAAAAGUACUCUUGUCAGGACUUGGAGCGGAUGAACAACUCGGCGGGUACUCUCGUCACAAGGACCAGUUCACGGCAGCGGGUUGGGAGGGACUCAUCCAUGAACUUCAACUCGACCUUAACAGGAUAUCAACCCGUAACCUCGGCCGAGAUGAUAGAAUCAUAUCUGACCACGGCAAAGAGGCACGCUACCCAUUCCUAAGCACAAACGUAGUCCAGUUCCUGAGCAAACUGCGAGUGGAUCUCAAAGUCGAUCUUAGUGCCUGGGCCUGGAUUGAAUCCACCACGCGUAAACUGGAAACGCCAGUCGGCAUCUUUCAUGCUAUUGCUCUGCUCCUUUCCAUCACGAUUCGUAUCAUGCUUCACUUGAAGGGCGUCAAGUACAUUAACAAGGUUAUCACAGCUGAAGACGUCGCCGCCGAUCGUCCCGCCCUCCCCUUUGGCCAAGUCCCCGUCUUGAUCGAAACCAAGGCCGACGGGACUACCCUCGAACUGGGCGAGUCGCUUGCCAUCGAACACUACCUGGCCGAGAAGUUUGGCUGGCUCGGCACCACACCCGAAGAAUCCGCCACCUUAAAAUCAAUAUCCCUCAACAUCUACUUCUCCCUCUACAACAACUGUUUCGUCCCCAAAACUCCCAUCCACGAAUCUAUCGCCGACCCUUCCUCCGUCUUCAACACCAAAACCCUCCCUCUGUUCAUUGCAACCCAAGAACGCUGGUUGAUGAAGAAUGGGAACAAUGGUCAUUACUGGGGGGAUAGGUUGACCUACCCAGAUUUGACCCUUUUGCAUUGGAUUCGGUUGUUUGAAGGGUUGGGGCUUAAAUUGGAUGAGGAGGGCCCGAUCAAGAAGGUCGAGAAGACGGUUAUGGCGAUGGAGGAGUGGAAGGGCAUGUUUGAGGCCUUUCAUCCUUUUUCUUCCAUUGAUGCUAUCUAA